UUGUGAUCGAGCAGCUGAGUGCCGAUAAAAGAGCGAUCAGUACAAGCUCGAGCUUGGCUGAAUAUUUUCUGUAAUAAGCGGAAAACGCCUGUUCAAGGCGGAUUUUUGACAAAAACCGAGUAGUCAGUGAAAAUUAAGAGUUAUGGCAGACAGAUCAGCCAUCAGGGACAUCAUUCCCGCUCUUCCCGACGAGAAAAUAGACAUGCUCGCCGCGACGAGUGUCCUGCAGCAGCAGGCUACGGACAUAAGGAACCAACGCAUCAACUGGCAAUCGUAUCUCCAAUCUCAGAUGAUCUCAAAGGAGGACUAUGACUUUGUGGUUGCCUUUGAUACCAGCGAUGCGGCAGCACGUGAAGCAAAAUUAAAAGAAAAUCCAAGCCAAGCAGCUAAAACCUUCCUAAAUCUAUUGGGCCACGUUUCGAAGGAUCAAACUAUCCAGUAUAUUCUCAUUAUGAUUGAUGAUAUGUUACAGGAGGAUCGUAAUCGUGUUGAAAUAUUCCGUGAGCACUCGUCUCGCAAGCGAGAAUCUGUUUGGGGACCAUUUUUGAAUCUACUGAAUAGACCAGAUGGAUUCAUCAUGAAUAUGACGUCCCGUAUCAUUGCUAAGAUAGCUUGCUGGAGCCAUGAAAUUAUGGAGAAAACCGAUCUCCACUUUUACCUCACUUGGCUAAAGGAUCAGCUUAAACUUAACUUUGAGGCCCUUCAGGAGGCAAGCUUGCAUGCAGAGAUAGUACAGGACAUCACACCCAACGAAGCUGGAGAUUCCAAUGAACUGCAUGAAUUGCAGAACCCGAACAACGAAUAUAUUCAAUCUGUUGCUCGUUGUCUGCAAAUGAUGCUGAGGAUUGACGAGUACCGAUUCGCCUUUGUUUCUGUCGAUGGAAUUUCUACACUUUUGAGCGUUUUGUCUGGAAGGGUAAACUUUCAAGUCCAAUAUCAACUGAUAUUCUGUUUGUGGGUUUUGACGUUCAACCCUCUUCUUGCUGAGAAGAUGAACAAGUUCAAUGUAAUUCCCAUUCUUGCUGAUAUUCUCAGUGACUCUGUCAAGGAAAAGGUGACUCGCAUCAUUCUGGCAGUGUUCAGGAACCUCAUCGAGAAAGUUGAAGACGGCCAGGUAGCGAAAGAGCAUUGCAUUGCUAUGGUCCAGUGCAAAGUAUUGAAGCAACUCUCCAUCCUAGAGCAGCGCAAAUUUGAUGAUGAAGACAUAACUGAAGACAUUGAAUAUUUGAACGACAGACUACAGGCGUCUGUUCAAGAUUUGAGUUCAUUUGACGAAUAUGCUACUGAAGUCAAAUCUGGUCGGCUUGAGUGGUCACCAGUCCACAAGUCAGCCAAAUUUUGGAGGGAGAAUGCUAGUCGUCUUAAUGAGAAAAAUUAUGAACUAUUACGCAUACUGGUUCACCUAUUGGAGACUAGCAAAGACCCACUUGUUCUUAGUGUUGCCAGUUUUGACAUCGGAGAGUAUGUGCGCCACUAUCCUCGUGGAAAACAUGUUAUUGAACAGUUGGGUGGCAAGCAACGUGUAAUGCAGUUGCUUGGACAUGAAGAUCCUAAUGUUCGCUAUGAAGCUCUUCUUGCAGUUCAAAAGCUGAUGGUACACAAUUGGGAGUAUCUUGGCAAGCAAUUGGAGAAGGAACAAACUGGUAUGCCAGGAUCAGGAGGGGCUCAGGUUCCUGCUAAAGCCUAAACACUUUCUAUCCUAUACUACCUUCUAUACUGUUCAGUUUUUCCGACACGUUAUGUCAAACAAUGAUGAUUCACAUUUUCGGAGUCAUUAUGAUUCAAAAUUUAUCAGGCAAUCUAAGUAAUAUCAAUUUAAAUUAUUAGCAACAUUCCACAUUUAUUUUCGCGGCAAAGACUUCAAGCAAUAACUUGUCAAAUUUUUGCAAAAAUAAACACUAUCAAAGUUUUUCUUCCGUUAAAUACGAGAAGAACGACCUUUUACGCUAUAAAGGGUCGAUUACGAAUUGGUAAUUGCAUUACUUCACUCGUUAUUUCUUACUUUUACUGUGCAUAAUAAGCUAUACUAGAUGGUUUGAUCGCGCGUCAGAAAGUAUUAAAUUCUUAUGUACAUAUGAAUAUUAUAAAUAUCUCUAUGAUCAUAGCCUUAUGAUAUGAGUGGUGAUUGUAUAAUAUAAUAAUUAUACCUACUCUUAUAAGUAGCAGUAAAGAAUGAAUUGUAAAAUAGUAGUUGAACUUGAAUUAAAUAUUAUUGACCAUAUGAAUUGAAAAUUUCGAUUACCGCCACGAAGAAUUAAUACUAACUUUCAAAUUAUUGAGUCAACAAAUGAAUUGAUGACUUGAGCGGAUGACCUUUCUUGACCUUAUUAUUCGUUAUUGUUGAAAAUUAAUAGGUAUUCCAUAU